GCCAGGCACCCAUAAAUACCAUACCACGCCAGGGCAUCACACACCGUACCUCCGGCGCCUCCGACUCCGGUCCUCCGGCCUGCGCAGGCUAGCUAGCUCUAUUUAGGUCCACCGUGCCCCCGCCGCGCAGGCAGGGGAGAUCCAAGGGUCCGAGCAGAAGGCCGCCGGCGGCGAGCCAGCCAGCCAGCUAAAGCGAUCCAUAUAUACAUAUAUACUAUCGAGCAACACGUAAGGAAGGAAGGAAGAAAGAAGCCAAGCCCACCAGGGCCAGGGAAGAGAGCAUAGCUAAGGAAGGAAGGAAGGAAGAUGAUGAGCAAGGAGGCAGUGGUGAACGCGUUCCUGGGCUGCUUCAUGCACGUGGGGCUGGCGCUGGUGCUCGCCGUCUACCUCCCCGUGGCCUUUGUGUGCCGCCUCCUCCACCGCCUCCUCGUCCGCCCCUUCGCCAGGGGCGAGGACCUCCGCGGCAAGGUCAUCCUCGUCACCGGCGCGUCCUCCGGCAUCGGCGAGCACCUGGUGUACGAGUACGCGAGGCACGGCGCGUGCGUGGCGCUGGUGGCGCGCACGGAGGUGGCGCUGCGCGCCGUGGCCAAGGCGGCGCGCGACCUGGGCGCCCCCGACGUGCUGGUCGUGCCGGCCGACGUCACCAAGGUCGACGACGCCAAGCGCGCCGUCGAGGAGACCGUCGCGCACUUCGGCAAACUGAAUCACUUGGUGGCCAACGCCGGGAUCUGGUCCAGCUGCUUCUUUGAAGAGAUCACCAACAUAACCGCCUUCCAUAAUGUUAUUGAUCUCAACUUCUGGGGUGCCGUGUACCCGACCUACUUCGCGCUGCCGUACCUCAAGGCCAGCCGGGGCAACAUCGUGGUGACCGCCUCCGUCGCCGGCAGGGUGCCGACAGCCAGGAUGAGCUUCUACAACGCAAGCAAAGGCGCCGUGAUACGUUUCUACGAGACGCUGAGGGCUGAGCUGGGGUCCCACGUGCACGUCACCAUCCUCACGCCCGGCUACGUCGUCUCCAACCUCACCAAGGGCAAGGGCCUCCAGAAGGACGGCCAUGUCGGCAUCGACGAGGAGGCCCGCGACAUCAACGUGGGGCCGAUGCCGGUGGGCAAGACGGAGUCGCUGGCCGAGGUGGUGGUGGCGAGCGUGCGCCGUCGGGACUACUACGUCACGUGGCCCGGCUGGUACUGGCCCUUCCACAUGGUCAUGUGCGCCGCGCCCGAGCUGGUGGACUGGUUCUCCCGCACCUUCUACGUCUCCAAGUCCGGCGACCAGGACGGCGGCGGCGGCGCGCUCAGCAAGAAGAUCCUGGAGGCCGUCGGCGGGAAGAAGUUCCUCUACCCCCAGACCAUACGCUCACAGACCGCCAUGGCACCCAAUAACUGACAACCUACAUAUAUAUAUAUAUAUAUAUAUAUAUAUAUAUAUAUAUAUAUAUAUAUAUAUAUAUAUAUAUAUAUAUAUAUAUAUAUAUGUCAUUUAUGAGAAUGCACGGUCGAUCUGUUGUUGGAUUAGAACAGUACGUGAUGAUCGAACGUACGGGCCGGCACGGGUGAAAUUGUUUAUUCGUUUCGUUUCGGGGUUUUUUCUUCUUCAUUUCCUCUGCCUUUUCUCCACUUCCGAUUUUACAAAUGGUCAAUGUGUAUGAAGUAAUUAAUACGAAUGUUCAUUCGUGGUUGGCUUGCAUUGUACGCCCCGUGAUAUUGGGGCAUGCAUGGGUGCAAAUUGCAAAGUUGAUGUACCUAUAUAGGUUUUGUUUGAA